UUCUCACAAAGUAAAACUUUGAACAGAUGUCAUUGUAAACGGUCAGCAUUGCUUGGGAAAAAAUCUCUUUUUCACUUUAAGGAAAAUGGCUAACUACUGAUCUCCAAAUAAUCUGAGCAACCAUCUUCCAGGGGCUUGCUACAGUGGUGAGGUGAGCCCAUUGAGAAGUGAGGUUAGGAUCAACUUCCGUGAUACAUCUUAGUGGAAGUAAACAUUUUCUCUCGCUGAACUUAUUUAGAUAGUCUUUUGCAUCCUAUUGGGGAUAAUCUUCACAGCCUCCAUGGCCUUUCAAAUUCUCCUAGAUCAAAUUGGAGGUCUGGGAAGAUUUCAGAUCCUUCACACCAUUGUUCUUCUGACCAUUUGUAUCAUGGUGAACCCUCGUGUUAUGUUGGAGAACUUCACUGCAGUUGUUCCAAGUCAUCGUUGCUGGGUCCACGUCCUCGACAAUGAAACUGUCUCUGGUAAUGACUCUGAAAUUCUCAGCAAAGAAGCCCUUCUGAGAAUCUCCAUCCCACUGGACUCAAACCUGAGGCCAGAAAAGUGUCGUCGCUUCAUCCAUCCUCAGUGGCAGCUCCUUCACCUAAAUGAGACGUUUUCAAACACAGUCAAGCCAGACACAGAGCCCUGCAUGGAUGGCUGGGUGUAUAACCAAAGCUCCUUCCUCUCCACUAUUGUGACUGAGUGGGACCUGGUAUGUGAAUCUGAGUCACUGAAUUCAGUGGCUAAAUUCGUAUUCAUGGCUGGAACACUCGUGGGAAGCAUCGUGUUUGGUUAUUUGUCAGACAGGUUUGGAAGGAGUUUAAUACUCAAGUGGUGUAUCUUCCAGCUCGCCAUUGUUGACACCUGUGUGGCCUUUGCUCGCACCUUCCCUAGUUACUGCUUGCUGCGCUUCUUGGCUGGGAUUUCUACCCCAGCCAUCAUGGCAAACUGUUCUAUACUCAUUAUAGAAUGGGUAGCUCCCAGGUUCCAAGCCUUGGGAAUGAUACUAGGAGUCUGCGCAUUUAGUGCUGGACAGGUACUCCUGACAGGCCUGGCUUAUGCCAUUCGUGACUGGCGCACCCUCCAACUGGUGGUUUCUGCGCCAGUAUUUGUCCUUAUUUUCUUCUCAAGGUAUCUGACAGAGUCAGCUCGGUGGCUGAUUAUUAACAACAAGCCAGAGGAAGGCUUAAAGGAACUUAAGAAAGCUGCAUGCAGGAAUGGGAGGAAGGAUGUUGGAGACACCUUAACUGUUGAGGUUCUGAAGUCCGCCAUGAAGGAAGAGAUGGACUUAGCACAGACAAAAUAUUUUCUGUGUGACUUGUUCUCCACACCCACCUUACGUAUGAGGAUGAUUUCUACAGCCUUUGUGAGAUUUUCAAUCAUAAUGACUUAUUAUGGACUGGCUUUCCACAUCCAGCACCUGGGAAGCAAUAUUUUCCUAUUGCACUGUCUGUUUGGGGCAGUCAACCUUCCAGCCAGUUAUGUUGCAAAUUUAACACUGAAUCACAUGGGCCGUCGAUCAACCCAGACCCUUUCCAUGUUUCUACAGGGACUCUGCCUUCUGGUCAUCAUAUUUAUUCCUCAAGAAAUGCAGAUCCUGCGUGUGGUUAUAUCAACUCUCGGAGUAGGAUUUUCCUUUGUAGCUGUCAUUGGUUCCUUUGUCCAUGGAAAUGAACUGUUCCCUACUGUAAUCAGGGCAACUGCUUUAGGAACUGCUGGAAUUUUUAGUAGUCUUGGGGCAGCUGUGUCUCCCCUCCUCAUGAUUCUAAAGAUAUAUUCUCCACUGCUGCCUUGGAUUAUCUAUGGAAUCUUAUCCAUCCUUGCUGGCCUUGUUAUCCUCCUCCUUCCUGAAACCAGGAAUCAACCUCUGCCUGAUACCAUCCAAGAUGUGGAAAAAAAUUUUCAUUGUAUUUGUCCUAGGAAAAAAGUCUCAAGAAAUGCAAAGGAGGAAGAUGCCUUCAUUAAAGUGACACGGUUUUAAGAAAUUCCAGGAAACAAUCUCUGAUCAGAGAACAAGAUAAAGGAGAAACGUCAGUAUCAUUGCUAGAGACCAGCAAAAUUAGGAAUACAAAUAAGUAGAUAUGAUUUUUUAAAAAGGAUCCCAUUUACAAUUGUAAUACUUAAGUACUAUAUAUAAAGUACCCAGGGUUAAUUAUAAAAAGUUUAAAGAAAGUCAUAACACCUUAAAGAGAAUCAUGAUAGAAUACCUGUAUAAUUGUAGACAACCUAUUUCUGAAUAGGGAGAUAAACUAGCUUUAAGUCAUUUUUCCCAUUCUAAUGAUAGAUAUACAGAAAGAGGAGAAAACGCAUUUGUCGGUUCUAUUAAAUACUAAUAGCUCCUACGGUACAGUUCUCUUAUCACCUAUCUGUAAAAAUACCCUGGGUAUUGACAUACUAUUUGGACAUACGCUGCAAAUGUUGGUAGGUGAUUUUAUCCUUAAUCAGACUUGUUAAGGCAAUUUUAUGAAAAGAGGCAAAAAGGAAACCUUUACUUCCAUCACCUAAGUUUAUAGUAAAAAUUACUAUUCUGGAGGACUUAAAAAAAUUAUAGUCACUACUCAAGCACUGGAAAAGGCAAAUGUAAUCAGGUCUACACAGAGCCCUUUCAACAGCCCUUUGUGGCCAUUAGGAAAAACAAAACAACAAAACCUGACAGCACCUGGCAUAUGACAGUGGACUACUGAGAAUUAAAUAAAGUGGCUCCUAACAUUCAUACAGAGGACAUUAGUGGGAAACGGAUAUGGCUAUUACCUGUUGACGAUGACAUGUAUAGUAUUCUCAACUGGAUUGGUCUGAGAAAUAUUUCAUGAUGGGUAAAGUCUUUUUACAAGCAA